UGGUAAUUUAAUUUCGAUCCGAGAUCAACUAUAUAAACCCCGAACUGCGAAAUAUUCCAUUAAAAAAGUUUGAUAUUACAUUGGUGCGUUAUUGCAAAAACAAGUGCUUAUUUUUAUCCGAAAUCAAAAUGAAGGCCGCCCUUGCGGUAGUUUUCGUGGUGUUGGCCGUACAAUUGGCCGUAGCGAAACCCUUAGACGGUACUGAUGAUGGCAAGAGCAAACAAAAACGUUCCCUCUACACUGACAGAAGCUUCGACUUGACUGGAAUGGAAAGGAUCAACAAACGAUCUGUUGACGAUAUGGACAAUGCCGAAAGCGGUGUCUAUUUCUUGCCAUCAUUCGCAAGGAGAUCCAGAAGAUCAGUAGAUGAUGAUAUGGACAAGGCUGAAAGUGGUGUCUAUUUCUUACCAUCGUUUGCAAGAAGGUCCAGAAGAUCGGUGGAUGAUAAUGAUAUGGAAAAGGCUGAAAGUGGCGUUUAUUUCUUGCCAUCGUUUGCCAGAAGACAGAGAAGAUCAGCUGACGAUAUGGAAAAUGCUGAAAGUGGUGUGUAUUUCUUACCAUCAUUCGCCAGAAGGAAUUAGGAUGAGGAAAUAUGAAACAUUGGACAUUAUCAUGAUUACAACGACGACCCUUAUUGAGCUCCACUGGACCUUCUAUUUAGUUAAGUAAAAAUCAUACAGGCAUAAAGUAAAAAAUAUGAUAUAUUAUUUUAUUUUAGUUGAAAUAAACUUUUAUUGCAUCGAAUGUGUAAAUUUUAUUUUAUUUUUGUAAAUUAUUUGUUACAAAUUAGUGUUUAUAAUAUAUUUUUCUUCAGAAAGUUAGACAAUAAAUAAAAGUGUAGGUAUAGAUAUUUCUGGGUUUUAUUUGCAGUUUUUUGGAUGUGUAAGCAGAGGUCAGCAGUAUGAAAAGAGUGAUUGAGA